CAGUCACGUGGGGUCCAGGCAGCAAGUUUCCGUGUUUACAGACGGAGACUGUGGCUGGCGGCAGCUGGGUGUUCAGUUCUAGAGAGGAUGGUGUGCAGUCAUGGCCUUUUUAAAGACGCAAGAACUAACCAAAGAAAGGUUUUCUCUCCUGUUGUUGGAUUUGGAGGAAUAUUAUUUUGAACAGCACACUGCUUACCACGUGACCACCAGUUCAAAAAAGCAGAGAAAAGUUAGAGGCUCGUUCAAGGUCUGUUCCAGAUCUGCCAUAUUUGAUCCAGAAGAUCUUUCAGAGCCCAUUUUAAAGAUUCCUCUUCGAGACUGUAAGAAGAUUGAGUUUGUGGAGUGUGAGAACAACCCUUUCAACGAGCCGAGGCCAUCUGUCAUCUCUAUUUCAUGUGUACAGGUUAUUUACAUCAAAGAGAGCAAUGUCAUAGCACCGUACAGAAAUGAAAGGGGGGAAAAGAAAGUGACAUUUCAGUUGGAAGGUUGGAGCAAAACUGAAGAUGUUGUUCAAACAUUACUCCAGCUCCACAGAGCGUCCCGUCUGGAAAAGCUUGGAGACCAGACUGCAAUGAUUGCAGCAAAUUUACAAUCACGACUGGCAAGGUCAUCUUUUGACAAAAACUGCUUUCAGAGUGUUGCUGAGAUGCCUCACAUGGAGUGUGCAGUGGAGAUGGUCAUGCCUCUGGUGUGCAAUCCAGGCCACGUCUGCAUAACAGAUGAAAGCCUCUACUUCCAGCCUCUCAAUGGAUAUCCGAAACAGGUGAUACAAAUCAAACUUAACAGAGUCAGGAGAAUCUACAAAAGACGGCAUGGACUGAGACCACUGGGUCUAGAGGUGUUCUGUACCGAGAAUGAUUUCUGCUCCGACAUCUACCUGAAGUUUUACAACUCGGCCGACAGAGAUGAAAUCUACUACUACAUCGCCAGUUUCUUGGAGAACCACAUGAUGGAGCACACAGCAGAGAGUUACAUGCUGCAGUGGCAGCGCGGCCACCUGAGCAACUACCAGUAUCUCCUUCACCUCAACAACUUGGCUGACCGCAGCUGCAACGACCUCUCCCAGUAUCCCGUCUUCCCCUGGGUCAUUGCUGACUACACCAGCGCGCAGUUGGAUAUGACAAACGCUGCCACAUUCAGGGACCUGAGCAAACCUGUGGGAGCCCUAAACAAAGAGCGGCUUGACCAACUACUGGCUCGCUACAGAGGCAUGCCUGAACCUCGCUUCCUGUAUGGCAGUCACUACUCAUCACCAGGCUACGUCCUCUUCUACCUGGUCAGAGUCGCUCCAGAACACAUGCUGUGUCUCCAGAACGGCCGCUAUGACCAUGCAGAUCGCAUGUUUAAUAGCAUAGGUGAUACGUGGAAAAACUGCUUGGAGGGGGCAACUGACUUCAAAGAGUUGAUUCCAGAGUUUUAUGGUGAUGACUGUAGCUUCCUGGAAAACAAACGGAGUCUUGGUUUGGGCAGACGGCAGAACGGAAGCUUAGUCGGGGAUGUUGUUCUCCCAGCGUGGGCCUCAGAUACCAGGGACUUUCUUCAAAAGCACAAGACAGCACUGGAGAGUCAGUAUGUGUCGGAGAACCUUCAUGAGUGGAUUGACCUGGUGUUUGGCUUCAAACAGAAAGGCAGUGAAGCUGUCGCAGCCCAUAAUGUGUUUCACCCACUGACCUACGAAGGAGGCAUUGACUGCGAUAGCAUUGAGGACCCUGACCAGAGAAUUGCCAUGCUGACACAGAUCCUGGAGUUCGGCCAGACGCCCAAACAGCUGUUCACCCUCCCUCACCCUCAGAGGAUCACGCCAAGGUUUCACAACAUAACUCGAAGCCCCAGCAGCAGCUCACCAGUCAGUGAACUGUCUCCAGCCUUUCAGAGUGAGGACUCCUCCUUUGAAGACCUGACCGAGGAGAGCAGGAAGUUAGCCUGGGCAAACAUGGGAAAUCUGAAACCAAUCUCCAGCCACAAGAUCCAUAAAGAGGCUGUGACGGGCAUCGCUGUGACACGAGAUGGAGCAGCUAUUUUCUCCACAUCCCAAGACUCAACACUCAAAAUGUUUUCCAAAGAGUUGAAGGAAUUCCAGAGAAGCAUGUCCUUCUCUAACAUGGCAUUAUCGUCAUGUUUGAUGCUGGCAAAUGGUAAAACAGUGGUGUGUUCUUCCUGGGACAACAAUGUUUAUUUCUACUCCAUCCCAUACGGCAGGCGGCAGGACACACUGAUGGGGCAUGAUGAUGCCGUCAGUGAAAUGUGUUGGUUUGAUGACCAGCUGUACACAGCGUCCUGGGAUUCCACCGUCAAGGUGUGGCAGUGCGCUUCUGACAGCUCAUCCAGUCACAAGAGAUCCCAGUUUCAGUUACUGGCUGAGUUGGAACAUGAUGCUGGGGUAAACACCAUUGGUCUGAAUCCAGCGGGGACUCUACUGGUGUCUGGCUGUAAAGAUGGGACCAUCACCAUCUGGGACACCAGCAGCUAUGGAACCCUGCAGCAGGUCCACUGCCACACUGGAACCAUCCACCACGUGGCCUUUAGUCCUGAUAGCCGACACGUCCUCAGUGUUGGUGCUGACUCCUGUAUGAAGGUUAUUGACGUCCAGACGGGAAUGGUGAUCUCAUCUGUGAAAGCUGAGGAGGAGCAGAGGUGUUUCUGCUGGGACGGGAACUCAGUGCUGUGUGGGGGACAGUCCGGUGACCUCCUGCUGUGGGACCUGCUCGGCAACACAGUCAUCAAGCGGAUCCCUGCACACUCAGGUGCUGUCACAGCCAUGUGGAUGAGUGAGCUGUGCUCCACAGUGAUCACAGGUGGGGAGGACAGACAGAUCCUCCUCUGGAAGCUCCCAAGUUAAAGGACUGUUUCUGCACAAUAUCCCUGCUGGGGCGAUAAAGACUUCCAGUGCUAUUUACUGGACAUUACCGGCCAGGUAUCCUGCAGACUACCUGACCCAACUAUCUGACUUUGAACAGAGACUCAUUAAACAGUUAGGAGGCGCUGAAACCGUACUGUAAAUGUGCAAUAUCGCAGAGCAGUUGGUGACAACUAAAACCGCUCUUAAGUGUUAAAUGUUGUUCAAUGGAAAACCCAACAAAAGUCACGUUGGUUCAUAUAGCUAUCUGCAUAUUGAGAUAAAAUGUCCAAUAGCAGUUAUGUGCAUGACAGCAGGAAGCUACAACAGUGUACACGCCUUAUUCUACAUUAUGUGGAUUUUUUUUUUCCAAAAUGUAUUUGUUUAGCAUCAUGUUACACAGCUUUUUUUUAAAUUAUGUUACUAUAGCUUUAUGUGCAUUUUAUUCUGUGAAGCAGUCUGAAAAAGCUUUAGGCUGCUCAGGUGUUGAUUUAUCCGAAUAACAUUGGUCUCUAAAAGUAA